AUUGUAUCAGCAUAUAGUACUCUUCAUUGUACAUUAGCACUAAGAAAUGGCUAUACUAAUGCUGCAUUCAUUACAAGCUUUGUUAUAAGUGUCAUAUUCUUUCUAGGAUUUGUUUAUGGACUUUUCGUUUGUUGUUCG